AUGCUCUUAAACUUCUCAUAUCAUCUUAACAAGCUACUCUAUGUAAUGGCAGUGUUAUCGAGUUCAACACCAAUGUUCAAGUAUUACAACUCAAAACGAUUUAGAAUUUCCAUCACUUUCAAAAUGGAAAAAAAUUCACAAGGUAAAAAUAAUCCAAUUACAAAAAAUGAAACAGUUGCUGACAUAUCAAAUUCCUCAGUUGAUGAUAAUUCACUAAUUAGUCGAGCAACUAAAGCUGUUCGUGAUUAUCUGGAAUAUGAUUUUGAAUGUCUUGUUUCUGAUGUCAAUAUAUUAACACGUAUGAAUCAAGCUUCAAGUGAACGUUACAUGGAAUUAACUACAAAUACAAAUGAUAUGACAAGAAAAUUAAUUGAUGUGAACAACCGUUUUGCUUCAUUAAGUGAUGCCCUGAAAAAAAUUGAUCAGUUCGAUAAGGAUAUAGAACAGUUGGAGAAAAAAGCGUUUGAAAUUGAAACUUUAACCAAACAACUAGAAAAUCGUUACAAUAAAUUGGAAACUGAACGCAAUCAUUGA